AUGUUGAUUAAAGUCAAGACACCCACUGGGAAGGAGAUUGAAACCGAUAUCGAACCCACUGAUAAGAUGGAGCAAAUAAAGGAGCGAGUGGAGGAGAAAGAGGGGAUUCCCCCACAGCAGCAGCACCUCAUCUACAGUGGGAAGCAGAUGAAUGAUGAGAAAACGGCGGCAGACUAUAAGAUUCAGGGAGGCUCCGUAUUACACCUGAUGUUGGCUCUGAGGGGUGGGACACAGUGA